AUGCGAAUAACAGCCGAACUGGCGCGGUGCAGUUCGGAAAAGAUAGUCUGGUUCCUGGCGCCCACCGUAGCGCUCGCCGCUCAGCAGAAAGAAGCUAUCGCUUUACACAUCCCAGCUAUCAAUAUAAGACUGUUGAUCGGGGAUGAUGGCGUGGAUCGCUGGAGUGAGCAGAGGAUUUGGGAUGCUGCGCUUUGCGAUAUGAGUGUCGUUGUUUCGACGCACGCCGUUUUGGCGGAUGCGUUGGCGCAUGGGUUUGUUAGGAUGGAAAAAUUGGCACUUAUUGUUUUUGAUGAGGCUCAUCACUGUGUCAAGAAUCAUCCGGGUAACCGCAUUAUGAGAGAUUUUUACCAUCCCAUGAAGAAGAGCAGAGGACUGCAGGCCGUGCCGCACAUUCUGGGACUGACAGCGAGUCCAAUCAUGAAAUCCAAAGUCGCUGAUAUCCGAAAAAUCGAGGAAAAUCUCGACGCAGUGAGCCGGACUCCGCAACUACAACGACAAGAGCUCAUGAAAUACGUCCAUCGGCCAAACCUAUCUCUACUACUAUACCCUGCCGUAUAUGCUGAUGCAAUCCCUCCUGAAGACAUACCCUCUCUUCAAGUCUUAUUCCAACUCCUUCCUGACCGAAACGAAGGCCCUUGCUCAGAUUUCACCAGUGCCUUGAUUAGCCUGAUAGGCGCAAAAGCGCAAGGCCAGAUGACCAGGUUUUUCAUCAAAGCCAUGAGAAUCUAUUACACACUGGGUGCCUGGGCUGUAGACUUUUUCAUCAUAGAGACGACGCGCAGGAUCGUGGGUCAGGUGGAAUCAAACAUCAACAGCUUAUGGGUGGACCAAGCGAAGGUAGGCCUAGCUGAGAGGCUAGAGCCCCUUUUGCACACUAGUCGAAUCCCGCUUUCUGCUCCUGGUGCUGUCUCCGGGAAAGCUGAGCGUCUUUUAUUUUUUUUGCAACAAGAGCAUCAUGGGAACUUCUUUGGGAUUGUCUUUGUCAAAGAACGAGCUGCUUCAUAUGUACUGGCAGAGCUUGUUGCACAGAAUCCAGCGACUCGAGAUGUAUUUCGUUGCGCAUCAUGCAUGGGGUCUACGAACAGAAGCAAGAAACAUGAUAUCUUCAAUGUGCUGGAUCCGGACGCAGUAGGCGAGACGCUACUGCAGUUUCGAGAGGGCGGGAAGAAUCUGAUUGUGGCCACUGAUGUUCUCGAGGAAGGAAUCGAUCUGACAGCUUGUCAUUUGGUUGUGUGUUUUGACCAUCCAAGUAACCUCAAAUCAUUCAUUCAACGACGAGGUCGUGCUCGACAGCAACAAUCAACGUUUGCGAUUAUGGUUGCAGAUGAUGACACGUCAGAUGCGGUUACACGGUGGCAGGAACUCGAGGAAGAAAUGAUCCGGUUGUACCAAGACGAAAAGCGAACGCUCCAAGAGCUCGAACAGUUGGAGAAUUCACCAGACGAUGUUGGAUUCCAACUGAGGUUGCGGACGGGUGCAUUGCUAACAGCAGAUACUGCGGUCUCACAUCUCUAUCAUUUCUGCACCACACUCCAGUCCAAGGAGCUUGUCGACUUGCGCCCUAGAUUCAAAAUCGAGAAAGAACCCCAAACCGGCCGGUUCAGAGCUACAGUAAUCCUUCCAAGUAGUCUCGACCCAACACUCCGUGUUGCGCAAGGUCUUCUGUGGUGGCUCACAGAGCGCGCAGCCAAAAAAGAUGCAGCCUUCCAAGCAUACACCGCAAUGCAUCGAGCGAAAUUAGUGAACGACAACUUCCUUCCGCUAACCCAGAAUCAAUUCCUGGCACAAAACGCCGAGGGUGAUGAGGAGAUGCCCGAUAGACCAAAGUUUGCUAAUUUUAGCUCUUACGACCCCUGGGAAGAGAUGUCGGGGUCUCGCUUAGGCACGGACGUACAUAGGAGUCGCAUUUUGAUAAAACAGAACGGGAUAUCUCGUCCUGAUCUUGGAGUAGCCAUGAUAACACCGGUUGAGAUACCUGACGUGGAACCAUUGACGUUAUACUGGGACAGUCAGACUACUUUCGAGAUCUCCUUGAAGAAAUCAGAGGCCGUCAGUGUAUCGCCAUUGGACCUGAAGCUCAUGCGAGAGACCACGCAUAUUUUACUAAGCUCUGCGCGGACAAAAAUGCCCGAGGGCGAUGACAAAAAGAACUAUACUGUUCUGAUAACCCCAGACGUUCCGGCUGAAACAGCCAGUCUCGCAAAAUGGUUGGGUGCCAACAGAGGGACAUAUAACUGCCUAAUGUGGUAUAACGAGAACUCCCCUGCUGCUCCGCCUGGAAUCAUCAGAAGCCACAUGGUAUACAACAGACCGCACCAGUUUGUCCGCUGGAUACCCCCCGAGAAUGGCUCGGAACUACUGGUGCAAGUGCGGCCUUUCAAGAGGAACUGGGACUUGUUACAUCAAAAGUCGUCAUUAUCAGCAGUACCGAACCCCAAUGGCAAGAAACCAGAAGUCAAGGACACGCAGAUUCAAGCCCGGGCUUGCACUUCUGAUCGUCUGCCCUGGGAAAUGGGCCGGAUCAGCGUCCUUCUGCCUCAGCUGAUGCACGAGCUGCAGCGGAAUCUGGUAGCAGCACGUCUCCGCGAGACGUUACUUCGGGAUAUUCCCGGGUUGACUAUCCGAACUGUCGCAGAAGCCAUCACCUGUCCUUCAGUGCAGUGGACGAAUAACUAUCAACGACUUGAAUUCCUCGGUGAUGCCGUCCUCAAAUACGCCGUGUGCAUCCAGCUCUUCCACGACAACCCGCUCUGGCCCGAGGGCUAUCUAACCCAGCGGAAGAGUCAUGUUGUCUCCAACAAAUCCCUCACAGACGCUGCCAUGCGCGCAGGCCUAGAGAAAUAUCUCUUCGCCAAAGCCCUCAUGGCCCGCAAAUGGACAGUCCCAACCCUAACAACAGCAAAAUCCCUCCCCGCAACCCCCGAAAAAGAACUAUCCAGCAAAAUGGCCGCAGACGCCCUGGAAGCCCUAAUCGGCGCAGCAUACGUUGACGGCGGCAUGACCCUCGCCUGGUCAAUGAUCCACCUAUUCCUCCCCAACAUCGUCCAAAACACACCACCGUCCAUCGGCUCCUCACCAGACCACAAUUUAAGCCCUAUCCCCAUCGCACCACCACAUCUCGACGAUAACAUCGACCAACUAGUCGGGUACCACUUCACAGACCGUUCCUUGAUCUGGGAAGCCCUUACCCACCCCUCGUGGCAACGAGACCUCUCCACGGGAUCCUACCAACGUCUCGAAUUCCUGGGUGACGCUCUCCUAGACCUCAUCAUAAACCGCCACAUCUUCGCACACACCCCCACCAUGCCAGAAAGCACAAUGACACACGUCAAAGCCGCGCUCGUGAACGCACACACCCUCGCCUUUCUCUGCAUGGAACAUAACCUCGAAACAGGCGUCCGUUCGAUCCAGCAGUCCCCGCAAAGCGGGACCUUCGAUACAAUAACCACAAAGAAUACGCUUGAACUGUGGAAAUUCAUGCGCUUCGAUAACCCCGACUUCCUAACCACCCAGCGCGCGUUCCUCCAGCGCCAUGCGAACCUCCGCGAUACGAUCAAGCACCAGUUAGAAUGCGGGGAUACAUUUCCCUGGGGAUUACUUAUCCAACUGCGCGCCGAAAAAUGUUACUCGGAUAUAAUCGAGAGCAUCAUCGGCGCGAUCUUCAUCGACACACACGGGGACAUCGACGAAUGCGAGAAAUUCCUACACCGUAUGGGGAUGACGAAGCAUCUCGACCGCGUGCUUGUGGAUAAUGUCAUCGUUGAACAUCCGCGCACGAGACUGUAUACCAUGGUUGGGUCGAGGAAGGUUGAGUAUAAUGAUGUGCGGGGGAAGGGGGAUGUUAAGGAUGUUGGGUUUGGGGUUCGUGUUACACUUGAUGGUGAAGAGUUGGUGACUGUGCUGGGGUGUUUUUCGAAGGAUGAGGCUGUUGCUAGAGGGGCUGAGAUGGCGGUUGAGAGGUUGAGGGAUAUUCUUUCUAUGUCGAGUGAGGGAUAG